AUGACACGGAGCUCAUCACUGUCAUCACUCUUGACAUUUGUCGUUUUAUUCUUGUUGGUGAUAGGAAUUGUCAAUAUUGCGGAAGGAAAAACAAGAAGAAAUCAUAAACCUUUCGAUAAGACUAAUUUUCUUUCACGUGUUUAUAGAAAUGUCGAACGAAGUGGAUUGUUGGAUGUGAUUUCGGAUAGACAAUUGGACGAAACUAGAAUUACAUUAAAGAAGAAGGAUUGGGGAAGUGAUAUUAGAAAGUUGACAUUGUUAACGAGGCAUGUCAUGAAAUUAAAGAAGGAAAAUAGUGAUGAAUAUCAAAAUUUAUUGGAAUCUUUACGAAAUUCCAAAGUUCUUGCUCAAUCUAUUCGAAUUCUUGAAAAGGUUAUUAAUCAAUUGGAAAAAGCUAAUUCUAACUAA